AUGGAGAGUCAGCAAAACUCGUUUUGGAAGUCUAACUACGAAAUUUAUGAAAAUCCAUUUGCACAAACGUGCCAAUUCUCUUCAUAUGAUUGUUACAGGGAUUAUGCUAAUGAUUGGUAUAGUUGGUCAUACGAAUUUCCCAUGCAGUAUAACAAUCAUGAUGCUAUUCCUUUUAUGGAGAACAAUUAUCCUGACAUUUUAUAUGAAACUAUGCCAACUGAACCAACACCACUAAACAUACAAGACUAUGACUCUGUGUGGAACGAACUUGAUCCGGGGCUUGAUUCAGAUACACCCGCAUUUUCAUUUUGCAACAAUGGAGAAACUGUGAAGGAAAUGAGGGAAGAUUUGAAGAGUAAGCCAUGCAGAGAAGACAAAAGCAUGAGUCCCAUAACGUUAUCAAGGAACACCGUUUCUCAAUACUUUUACAUGCCCAUAUCACAAGCAGCAAAAGAGCUUAAUGUGGGCCUCACACAUUUGAAAAAGAGAUGCAGGGAGUUAGGAAUUCAGAGGUGGCCACACAGGAAGCUAAUGAGCCUUCAAACCCUCAUAAAGAAUAUUCAAGACCAAGGAGUGGAGGGACAUGAAAGUUGUGAAAAAAUAAGGAAUGCAAUUGAGAUAUUGGAGAAAGAAAAGAAGAUGGUGGAGGAAAUGCCAGAUUUGCAACUUGAAGAUAAUACAAGAAGGCUUAGACAAGCUUGUUUUAAGGCUAACUACAAGAAGAGGAAACUCAUGAGCGUUAGGGUGAUGGAACCCCAGUCUUCUUCUCUCGAUGUAUUGACACACAAGGGGUGA